CCUUCUCUUAGCCUGGGGUUGGGGUCCUGCCCCUCGUCCUCCUCCCCGGGGGCGGUAAAGUUGUUUAAGAUCCUCUUUAGCCCGUGGCUGGUUAAAGUCUUCCGGACUGAGUCACGGAAAGGGAGAUGAGGGAGGGGGCCAGCGAGGUUCACGGACUCGGCCCCUCUCCGGAGGAGCUAGAGACCUCCAGCUGCGGCCAGAGGUAGUGGCAGGCGGCGGACCCCGGGGGCUGGAUUCCUGUGGACAGGGAACUAGCAAUAAAAUAGGUAUUGAGGGCGAGGGAGCGGGUGAAAAGAAAGGUUCCUCCUGUGGAUGUCGUGGUAGUUCUCUGAGAGCGACGGUGGGGCGGAGGCCUUGGGGCGCGGUCUCUAAAUCCCCUUCCCACCUCUGGGCUGUCAGCUUUUGGCCUUCAUUUCUUUCUCCUCAGCCUAGAAGAAACACCUGAACAUGUGGAAUCCCAAUGCUGGGCAUCCAGGGCCAAGUCCAUAUCCCCCUCACAUCGGAGGUCCCAAUCCUGGCCAUCCACCCCCUAUCAAUCCUGCCUUUCCUCCAGGCCCCCCCCCCCCAGGACCUCUCCCCGGGAAUCCAGCUUUCCCCCCAUGUGGGCCUGCUCAUCCUGUGCCACCGCCAGGGUAUCCAGGAUGCCCACCCUCAGGUCCCUACCCCCCGCCAUGCCCACCGCCUGCCCCUGGCAUGCCUCCUGUGAAUCCCUUGGCUCCUGGCCUGGUAGGACCAGGAAUGGUGAUGGACAAGAAGAUGCGGAAGAAAAUGAAGAAAGCUCAUAAAAAGGCGCACAAACACCACAAGCAUGGCAAGCAUUCCUCCUCCUCCUCCUCCUCCAGCAGUGACUCUGACUGAACACAGAGCCUGGACCCUUCCCUCAAGUCUCUCCAGUUCUGCUCUCCCAUCAAGCUUCAGAUGCCAUCUUGUACUCGGGGAAAUUAGCCCUCAUGUACACCCCCCCCCCCCCCCCCCCCCCCCCCCCCCCGCCAAUCUGAGCCUCAAUCUGCUGUUAGUCCUAACUGGCUAGGGAAAAUGGGCUAGCAAAGGCCAUCUUCUCACUACUUGGAUAGAACUUGAGCUAUUGAAGCUUAAGCUUAUUUUGAUGAGUUUAGCAGAACUAUUUUUUGAAGAUGAUGAGACCUUUGAACUAAAAGCUGAAGACAAGUCUAAGAUCUGUAAAAUGUGAUUUUUUUCCCCUUUCUUUUGUAAUACUUGUGGUUGGGGAGGUGUUGUGGAAAUUUAAUUACAGGGGGAAAAAUAAAACUCCUGUACCUUGUUUGCAGUGGUGGCGCACAUGGGUGAUUUAGUGGCAAAUACAUUUCCCAGCAGGCCUUUAUUGAUUGUACUAACCUCAAAGCUGCUGGAAAGUGGGGUCCAUGUGGUUGAUGAGCUCUGCCAUUUUGGAACCUAAUCUCUACUCUUUAGCUCAUAUGCCAUCUCAGGUCCUCCUCUCAUUCUCCCACUCUCAGUCCAAAUAAAGCUGUUUUGCCUCGU